UGGCGGGGGCGGAGGCAGCGGGAGCGUCAGCAGCCUGCGACCGGGGCGGAAAGAGGCGCUGGGCGGGCACCGCGUGUGAGGAGAGCCGGGUCGGGCCGGGCCGGGCCGGGCUGGGCUGGGCUGGGCUGCUGGCGGGGCUCAGCCCCGGGAGGUGACAACCAUCAGCCAACUACAAGACUGUCACAAUGAGUUUUGUGGAAUAUGGUGAUACAAUAAAGGAUGGUGACACAGCGAUUGUGUUCCUGGGACACGAAUCCAUGUUUCCUGUGAAAGUCCAGCAUGGCACUGUAACUCAGACAAAAUACGGGGUCAUCAGGCAUUCCACGGAUCUCAUAGGCAAGAAGUAUGGCUCCAAAGUGACCUGCAGUAAAGGAGGAUGGGUGUUUAUCCUUCAUCCAACUCCAGAACUGUGGACCAUGAAUCUUCCGCACAGGACACAGAUUCUGUAUUCCACUGACAUCUCUAUAAUUACCAUGAUGUUAGAACUGAAGCCAGGCUCCAUAGUAUGCGAAUCAGGUACGGGCAGUGGAUCCCUCUCCCAUGCUCUCAUCAGGACUGUGGCUCCCACAGGGCACCUGUACACAGUGGAGUUCCACCAGCAGAGAGCUGAGAAGGCCAGGGAGGAGUUCCGAGAGCAUGGGGUGGAGCAUCUGGUCACUGUGACCAACCAGGAUGUCUGCAAAAAUGGGUUUGGUGUCACAGACAUUGCAGAUGCUGUGUUCCUAGAUAUUCCAUCUCCAUGGGAAGCCAUAGGACAUGCAAAAUCAGCAUUAAAAGCUGAAGGUGGCCGCAUCUGCUCUUUCUCCCCCUGCAUCGAACAAGUCCAGAGAACUUGCCUGGCAAUGGAAGAAUGUGGUUUUACAGAGAUUAACACCUUGGAAAUUCUGCUUCGAGUUUACAAUGUAAGGACAAUCAGCUUGCAAAUCCCUGACCUUGGAAAAGCAGCUGAGGAUAAUUCUAGCACUGGUUUUGACAGCAGCAACCCAUCAAACCCAGGUAGCCUGGGUGCUAAUCUGGAGCAGGGAGCUGUGCAGUUCAAAAGCGGCGUGCCACUCAGGGAGAUGGUGGGACACACUGGCUACCUGACUUUUGCCACCAAAAGCCUCUUGUAGUACACGUAGAGUUUGUGCACUUCGGAGUGUUUAGUGUGUUUGUGUAUGUUUUCUGUCUUCAUGGUUCUUUUUUGUAGGGCGUCCAAAUUUUUACUUGUCAGGGAAUUCCAUAUAUAGUCAGAUUUGGUUGGGAUAUGCUUUGUUUAAAUAGCAUACAAGCAUUACCCAGAGCAGCAUCAAGGGAAUGUUGAAACUUUGGAAUGGUGCUUCUCUUGCUGUCAGAAAGAAGAUAAAUUAAUAGUCAGUGGCCAUUCACUGGAAUGUGCAGCGUGAAGAUCCCUCCUGAUAAGAUAGCAAACCAGACAGCACACUGAUUUAAAUAAGGUGGACUUUUUCCUCCUCUUUUCUGAAUUACUUUCCCAGGUUUAUGUUUUGGUGGUUUUUUUCUGUCACCACUAGACACUUUUUUUAAAACUUCUUUAGUGUUUGUAUUGCUCUUAGGAAUGUGAAAGUGCCUACUUGCUUAAUUUUAAAUAUGAAACUUGCCAGGUCAUAGGGUUGCCAGCAUGACUGAUCACAGAAUUAAUGUUUCCUUGGAUUAGCAUUUGGCUGUUCAGAGGAUUAUUGGCAGUGCUCAGGAACACAACCUCUUACUCAGUUCCAGGCUGGCAAAUCUGCAAAUCAUUUAGAUUGCACAAAGUUCAAAGACUUGUGCUAAUUGUUGAAUUUGGUUUUAAAGAAUAUAUUGUGCUCAUCAGUGUACAGUAAAAAUUUGGACCUGUAUUUAUACCACAGUCUUCUAAUAUAUCAUCCACUUUCAUAGCUGAUGAAUCCACUGUUAAAAUUCACUGAAGAGAUGGUUAAUAUCUGAACACCUCUUUGUAAGCAGUGUGUCCGUGGUUCUGUUCGUUUGGUAUUUUGUAUGCAUUAUGGUGUAUUAUCUUCCUGCAGUUGAAUGACUAAGAUUGCUUUUAGCAGGAUUUCUGUCUCCAAAUUGCAAAAACAAUGCAAACUUAUUAAAAUCCUUGAACAGCUUUAUUAAUUAAGUUUUCAGACCAUUAACUCUUUGGUCUUCCAUACAAAGCUGGUGGGCGUGAUGAAUGUAUUUGAAUGCUGGAUAAGGUUUUGUA